AUGGCGGCAGCAGACGGCUCCUCAGCCGCCCUCCGGCGCCGUGACCUGUGCAGCCGAGGCAUCCGCCUGGCCGGGAAGAUGCGCUCGGACGUCGUUGACCUCCUGGACACCUACGUGGAGCGGCAGGGCUUGGACGCCUCGGCCAGCGUGGCGGCGGUGGAGGGGGUGCCGGCGGCAGCAGCGGAGCGCUGGGAUGAGCAGACAGGGACCCAGCGGCUGCUAGAGAACCUGGCGGCGUACCGGGCCUUCCGGGCCCUGCUGGCCCAGAUGCUGGAGGAGCAGCGGGAGCAGCUGGGUGAGGCCGACGCUGCCCUGGGCCGGGCGCUGGCAGCUGUCCUGCUCCAGGUCUCGGCCUUCGCCUACCACCUUGAGGAGCUGCUGCGGCUGGAGAGCCGUGGGCCCCCCAGCGAGGAGGCGGCUGGGCCCCCCCCGCCCCCCCACCUCGGCCUCUUCGAGAGGAAGCUGCGGGGCCUCGGGGUGCUGCGGGAGCUGGCCCAGUGGGCCGUCAGGUCCGCGCGGGACCUGCGGCAGCUCGCCAAGCCCAGCCCGGGCAGCAGCUCAGCCCCCAGCCCAGCUGAGAGCCCUUGA